AUGGCCGGAGUUUUCUCGAAAGUUCUUGUGUAUUUUGGAUUGGAAGAGAGAUCUUUCACCCAAAAUACACCAAAUACGACCUCCAAAGACGCAAAAUUUUACACCAGGAAGUGUGUGAAGACUGGAAACAGUAUUCUGAUCACCCAGGAUGCAAAUGGAAGAAUUCGAAUUUUUGAAUUUCUCGAAAAUUCUGAAAAUGGAUUCCAGAAUCAUGAGCAAUGUCCGACGUGCAAGGAAUAUAUUUAUGAAACCAAGAAAUCUGAAGACGUCCCGAAAAGAUAUUCUGAAGCAGAUGCGAAAGCUUCAGAAGACGUUCAAAUUGGAGACGUCAAAGAUUCGGGAAAAGAAGACGUUCAGAAGUCAGAUGACGUGCAGGAUUCUGAAAAGAGGACAGAAGACGUUCGAAGUUCAGAUGACGUUGAUGAUUCUGAAGACGUCAAAGAUGCCAAAAAAACCGUUAAACUUCAGAAUCCCGAAAAACCACACAUGAAGAAAUGCUUACUUUGUGGAGACGUGUCUGAAUCAGAUUUCUCCGAAUCCGAACUUUCAGAAUCGGAUAUUUCGGAUUCUGAAAAUAUUGAAUUUUUGAUGGGAAUUCAAAAAUCGAGAUUAACUGGAGAGACUGAAGUCAAAAAACAGUUGAUUCGCAAAAUUUGUGAAUCUGCGAAUCGUGGAAAUUGGUAUGGAGACGUCAAGGAGGAUUCAGAAGACCUAGAGAAUCCAGAAUGGGCAUCUGAAGAGGAAAAAGCCGUCGUGGAUGCUUCAAGAGAGGACGUCAAGUAUUCCGAAGAAGACGUUGCCGAUUCAGAAGACGAAUGGGAAUCUGAAGAUGACACACAAUGGGAGGAUUCCGAUUCAGAAGACGUCACCAAGGAUUCAGAAGGAGAAGUUGGAGCUUCGGGAGUAAGCGUCAAGGACCCAGAAGGCGUUGAGGCUCCAGGAGUACGCGUUCUAGUUCUAAAAAACGACAAGGAUUCAGAUUCAUGGGCCCGUGAAGCAGAAUUUAUUCGGAAGCUGAACGAUGUGAGAAGGAAAUCUAUGAUCGAGCAAACGGGAAAUUUGGGAGCCUUCGCGUAUUCAGAAGACGUUAAGAAGUCACAAGGCGUCGAAGAUGCAGAAGAAGACGUCGAGGCUUCAGAAGGAGACAUGUAUUCUCCAGGAGAGAACGUAGAGACUCUAGGAGACGUGGAGGAUUUAGAAGAAGGCGUCAAGAAUUCUGGAGAAGGUGUUGAAGAUUUAGAACACGAAUGGGGAUCUGAGGAUUACACACAAUGGGAGGAAUCGGAUUCAGAAGACUUCAACGAUUCAGAUCCAUGGACUGCAAGUCUCCAAGAAUCGAUGCGGAAGCUGAAGAACCCGAAAACAGAUUCUGAAGACGUCAACGCUGCCAAAAACACUUCUGAAGUCGUUCGAAAAUUCAGAAACUUGAUGAAUGAGAUCCACGAGGAGAAUCAAAGAAGAAACGAGGAGUUGUUGAAGAUUUUCAAAUAG